GUACUAUAAGCAAUGAAGAAGUGCCAUGCAGUGAUAGGUUUAGGCUGAACGCUACUGCAUUAAACGAAAAAAAGUUUAAUGGUGAUUUGUAUGUCCUUAAACCGCUGGAUUAUGAAGUGGCCGGUGUAUUUCAAGUUGUUAUAACAGUUGAUGAUGGCUACUUUAAUCAACGAUAUGAUGUUACUGUCAAUGUUAUAGAUGAACAAGAUUUGGGUCCCAUUUGGACUGUGCUGCCAAACAGGAUCACCAUUCUAGAUCAACCAGCGUUGUCACUUGGUGAUACAAUGUAUACUCAGGAAAUAGAGAUUCAAGCUGAAGACCAGGACACUGGAAAAAGGGCUAUAUUCUAUGAAAUCAUACCAAGUGAUUACCAAGGUAUACCUAUACAGAAUGUAUGGGAAAUAAAUAACAGAACUGGCAUCAUAACAAAUAAAGUUAAUCUGGAUUUGGAAGAUACAACUUACUUUCGCUCAUACGAUCCAAAGAUUUUGCGAGAUUUGUGGCUAAUUAGGGUGAAGGCAUGUGAAAUAAUAAGUGAAAAUCCAUUUAAAAUUGGGAAUGAUUCUGAGUGCACAACUAUCGGUACUGUUCCGGUUUCAAUCAAGGAUGUGAAUGACAACCGACCAAUAUUAGACAGAGGGCUUUAUGUUUAUAAUUUAUUAGAGACUGCGCCUACUGGAUUUAUCCUGAAUGAUCCCCCGAUAAUACCUUUUGAUGGAGAUACGGAAUUGUACAACGCAUUCACUAGUGUGUUUCUUGAGAACAGUGAAGAGUUUGAGGUCGGCGGCAUACCAACAGCACCUCAUAUUCAAGUGAAGACUUCCGACUUGAUUGAUUAUGACAGAGGACCGAAGCUAUAUCGACUGACU